AUGUCUAGGCUUCGCGUUCAUAUUUUUUUGAGUGGACUCGAUUCUGAAUUUGAUCAAGUUCAUGGAGAAAUCUUACGAAAAGACCCAAAACUUGAUUUGGAGAACACAUAUGCAUAUGUGAGGAGAGACUAUCAACAACGACAGACAAUGGGAGGAUCUUGCCCAAUCUCUGAGAACUCGGCUAUGUUGGACAUUCUAACUCGAAAGAUUCUUGGUUAUGGUGUUAAACGGGGCAAACUCUAUUACUUGGAUUUAACAGAGAAUGGGGGACAAAAAUUUAGUCAGGGGGAGAACUCUAGUGAAGAGAAGAUGUUACAAGAAGGAAGCAGAGGAGAUGAGUUUUUAGAGCUCGAAAAAGUGAAUGAAAGAGUUGGAAGGAGUGAUCAACAAAACUUUGAUAGUAUUAUUUAUGUGAUUGAAAAGGUCAUGUUGGCUCUUUCCAAAAAUCAUUCAGAAUCACCAAUGGCUACAGAGUUGCCCAUGUUAACACCAUUAACUGAAGAAUCAACCCAUAAUGCUUCUCCUCAGGUAACUUCCAGUCCCAUAUCUGAUAAGUCUUUAGAAAAUUUGGCUCCAAGAUAUCCACAAAGAUCGAAUAAGGGUGUCCCAAAGAAACCAUAUGAACAUGAUCCUAAAGCCCAUGUUAAAUACCCAAUUAGUAAUUAUGUCUCCACUCAUAGGCUGUCUGAAUUGUAUGCACUUACUAUUAAUCAACUAUCCAAUGUAUCUAUUCCUAUGGCCUUUGCAAAAUUUGAUGUUAAGAAUGCGUUUCUCAAAGGCGAUUUAAAGGAGGAUGUCUACAUGGAGCUGCCAUCAGGAGUUAAAUGUACUUCAUCGGGUGGAAAUGAAAGCAAUUCAGAUCAUACUUUGUUUAUAAAACACAAAGAAGGGAAGGUUUUGGCUUUAAUUGUGUAUGUUCAUGAUAUGGUCCUGACAUGAGACGAUCCAUGUGAAAUGAAGUCAUUACAAGGAUAUUUAGCUAUUGAGUUUCAAAUGAAGGAUCUGGGGCAACUUAAAUAUUUCUUAGGAAUUGUAAUAGCAAGAUCAGAACGAAGGCAAGUACCAAUAGCUAUGGGUUGCUAUCAAUGGUUGGUUGGGAGAUUAAUUUAUUUGUCACACACGAGGCCUGAAAUAGCCUACGCUAUGAGCAUCGUAAGUCAAUUCAUGCAUGCACCAAGUGAAGAGCACAUGAAUGCAGUAUACCGAAUAUUGAGAUACUUGAAGGGUGAUCCGGGCAAAGGUUUAUUAUUCUCAAAAACUGGUGUCUCUAACAUUGAAGGAUACACAGACGCUGAUUGGGCAGGCGAUCAAACAACCAGAAGGUCCACAUCUGGGUAUUUUACUUUCGUGGAGGGUAACCUUGUUAUUUGGAGAAGCAAGAAGCAAAAGGUUGUGGCACAAUCAAGUGCAGAAGCUGAAUUGUGA